UUCUUCUCUCUUCCCCCGGUCUCUCUCUCCUCUUUCCGAAGAGAGAGAAAUUAAUAAUUUGAGCGGGGGGAGAGAGAGAGAGAGAGAGAGAGAAGGGAGAGGGUUUUUUCCCCCUCUCAUUACCAGGAAAAAAAGGGGGGAAAAAUUAGGGUUCAGAAAUUUGAAGAGGAGAGAAAAUGAUUGUGAUGCGGCGUCUCAAGAGCAUUGCCUCUGGCCGAUCCUCGAUCUCAGAUCCGGAUGGGGAUUUUGGGAGCAAAAGGGCAAAAGUAGAACAGGAUGCGGGCGGCGAAGUUCCUGCAGAACCUGAUACUGAAGAUAAAGCUAUGGAUGAAGAUCUUCAUACAGCAUCUACUCAUCUGGAUACUCAUGCAAGCACAUCAAGUGUAGAUCCUACUGGUAGAACUGAAGAGGGAGGCGUUGACCAGCUUCCAAAGGAAAUGCAUGAAAUGUCGAUUGCAGAUGAUAAAGCUCAUGAUCAAAAUGAUAAGGUAGUAGAAACAACAGUACUGAAAGGAAAUGGAACCGAGACAGGUCAGGUUAUUGCAACUACAAUAGGUGGACGAAAUGGCCAGCCAAAACAGACAAUCUCAUAUAUGGCCGAGCGAAUAGUCGGAAAUGGUUCAUUUGGUGUGGUCUUUCAGGCUAAGUGUCUGGAAACAGGGGAAGCAGUUGCUAUUAAAAAGGUGCUGCAGGAUAAGAGAUAUAAGAAUAGGGAACUACAUGUUAUGCACUUGCUUGACCAUCCUAAUGUAGUUCAGUUGAAACACUAUUUCUACUCCACCACUGACAAAAAUGAGGUGUACCUGAACCUUGUUCUCGAAUAUGUUCCUGAGACUGUUCAUCGUGUUGUAAAGUAUUAUAACCGGAUGCAUCAACAUAUGCCUCUCUUAUCUGUGAAACUGUACACAUACCAGAUAUGCCGUGCUCUUGGUUAUAUUCAUGGUGUUGUAGGGGUUUGCCAUCGCGACAUAAAGCCACAAAAUCUUCUGGUCAAUCCUUAUACUCAUCAAGUAAAGAUUUGUGAUUUUGGAAGUGCCAAAAUGUUGGUGCCAGGCGAGCCUAAUAUAUCUUAUAUUUGCUCAAGAUACUAUAGGGCUCCUGAACUCAUAUUUGGGGCUACAGAAUAUACAAUGGCAAUAGAUAUGUGGUCUGCUGGUUGUGUUCUAGCUGAGCUUCUUUUAGGACAGCCUAUAUUUCCUGGUGAGAGCGGUGUUGAUCAGCUGGUGGAGAUUAUCAAGGUUUUAGGUACCCCAACCCGAGAAGAGAUUAAGUGCAUGAACCCAAAUUACACGGAAUUCAGAUUUCCACAGAUCAAAGCUCAUCCAUGGCACAAGCUUUUCCAAAAGAGGAUGCCCCCAGAGGCAGUUGAUCUUGUGUCACGAUUGCUCCAGUAUUCGCCAAAGUUACGUUGCACAGCAUUGGAGGCCUGUGCCCAUCCCUUUUUCGACGACUUAAGAAACCCUAAUACACGCUUGCCAAAUGGAAACCCACUUCCUCCAUUAUUCAACUUUGCACCUCAAGAGGUUGAAGGUGCCUCUCCUGAAUUAAUCCAGCGCCUUAUGCCUGAGGGUGUAAAAAAAUAAAUUAUAGGGUGGUGAUUUGGUCAUGUUGAUGGAAAUGGGCAGCCUUUGAAGCCUCUAUCCUCGAGUUUGAAACCAAAGAGGAUUCAAUGAUGGUAAUGAGAUUGCACACAUAAAAGCAAUGCGCAGAGAGGGGUAACUUGUCAGACCAAGAAAUAUCUUGAGAUGGCUGAAGACAUGGGGAAGGUAGGAUAAUGUAAUAUUUCGUCAUGGGUGUUUAUUGUAAUUACUGUGCAACCGUUUGAACAGCUUCCUUGGCUAUUGCCUUGUUGUAGAUUAUCUUUUGUUGUCGAAGCUCCAACGCAUGUUGCAAUGGAGAAGUAAAUCACGAUGCCUUCUAUGAUUAUUGAAAUGUGGUGCUCUCGUUUUUUGCU